UGUGAACAAGGAAGUAUCGAGUCUUGUCUGGGGUUAAAAUGUGACAGUCUAGGUGAAAAAUAUCUCAACACGACUGAGGAACUCUGAUUCACAUUUUUCUUUGUGAGGCGAGCGUGGUUUGACGUCAUAUUUGUCCGAUUCUCACACUGAGACCUCUUUUUAUGGACUGGACAAUCUCUAGUUACUCAACAUUGUAAAAGCAAGAUUGGCGAGGCCAACACCAAAGGAAAAUGUCUAAACAGCGGGUGUCCUUGGCUUACCAAGGCUUUAAAGAAAUGCCUUUUGAAUUCGCCGAAUUCCACGGGAGGACAGUUGAAGAGCUUGACCUGAGCUACAACAGUUUAUCUGAUCUGAGAUUUCUGAUAGGAUUUGACAGACUGAACACCUUAAUCCUGGACCACAAUAUCAUUGAUUCUCAUGUGAAGAUGCCGCUCUCUCUGCCAUCUCUCCAUACUCUGUGGGUGAAUCAUAACAAUAUCAAAAACCUAGCUGUGUUUAUCUCAACUCUGACAAAUAGCUGCCCAAAUCUGAGGAUGUUGUCAAUGAUGAACAAUGAGGCUGCCCCUAGUUACUUCAAUGGUGGAACGCUCCAGCAAUACAUUGAUUACCGACAAUAUGUGAUUGCCCACAUCCCAAACCUAGAAGCUCUAGAUGAUAAAAAGUUAGAACCUGGAGAAAGAGAGGAGGCAGAGCGCAUUUACGGGAGGCAUAUUCCUUUUGAAGUGAAAGAGAAAAUUAAAAACAAGAGGAGGAUAAAGCGAAGCAAAAGUUCUGCUAAUUCCUCAACCACAUGAUAUUGUGGUGGACCUCAGUGGACACCAUCGGCAUGAUAUUGUGGUGGACCUCAGUGGACCUCAAUAGACAUGAGCGACAUGAUAUUGUGGUGGACCUCAGUGGACACCAUCGGCAUGAUAUUGUGGUGGACCUCAGUGGACCUCAAUAGACAUGAGCGACAUGAUAUUGUGGUGGACCUCAGUGGACAUCAUCGACAUGAUAUUGUGGUGGACCUCAGUGGACAUCAUCAACAUGAUAUUGUGGUGGACCUCAGUGGACAUCAUCGACAUGAUAUUGUGGUGGACCUCAGUGGACAUCAUCCACAUGUUAUUGUGGUGGACCUCAGUGGACCUCAAUAGACAUGAGCGACAUGAUAUUGUGGUGGACCUCAGUAGACAUCAUCCUAUGUCAUAGAUAUCUAUUUGCUUUCUUGUUUUCACCUGUAUAAUUCUUAGUACAUCUAUUACAGAUGAGUGUCUUGCCAUCAAAUUUUAACACAGCUCUAUUCACAGCAAGUAAUUACCAGGUACUCAACAUUGUUAAAGUGUUUCUCACCGCACUAUUCACAGCAUGUAAUUACCAUGUACUCAGCGUUGUUAAAGUGUUUCUCACCGCACUAUUCACAACAUGUAAUUACCAUGUACUCAACGUUGUCAAAGUGUUUCUCAUCACACUAUUCACAGCAUGUAAUUACCAUGUACUCAACGUUGUUAAAGUGUUUAUCACAGCACUAUUCACAGCAUGUAAUUACCAUGUACUCAAUGUUGUUAAAGUGUUCUUCUUAACAUAAAUGUAUGGUUAGAAAACAAGCAAAGUUUGCAUGCUGAUUUUGUAUUUAGAAAUUUGUGCAAUUUUGAAAAGAAGUACUGUUAGUAAUAAACAGCAGUAAACUCUCUCCAGUGUAUGCAAUGAAAGGAUGUGAUAAUAUAUUUUUUAUAUUCAAAAUGUUUAGAAGUUUUGAAUGUUGACCGAUUUAUAGGACUCCUUCAUUAUUUAUUCAUAAUUAUGAAAAUGCUAAUUUAAUCAAUUAUACAUGUAGCUAGUGUUAAUAUGGUUUUUAAUGGUAAUUUAUAAUUUGCCUAUAGCUACAGGCAAUAUAACGAUUAUUCAGAACGAUUCCUUUAUAUAUUUGUUAAACAUUUUUGUUUAGUUUUGGAAUUUUGAACAGACAAAUAUAUGUACCAGUACAUUGAUCCUGUUUGAUUGCUGAAUCUGUGUUGAUUCUGAGGUUUAUAUGUACCUGAAGGCCACAAAGUACCGGUACUUUGACACUGUUUGAUUGCUGAAUUUGUGAUGAUUCUGAGGUUUAUGUGUAUGU